UCUAUUUUUUCACUCAUUCAAUAAUUUGAGCAUUGAAGUGUCAACAUUGCAUGUUUACCUCCGUUCCGCCGUAUUAGAAAUUCACUUCACCAUAGGAGCUCCUUUCGAUUUAGACGUACGUCUGAUUCCUUAUCCAUUCUCUUUGAAAAAAAUACACCACCUUUGGAUCACGGUUGUAGCUACCCAGCUUCUCCAAACUCCACUUUUUCUUUUGUUGAUUGAAGUUGUGGAUCUUGAGCUAAUAGCUAUGGCUUCAUCUCUGUUACUUGCUGUGGUGUUUGUGUUUGAUCUCAUUGCUUUUGCUCUCGCUGUUGCCGCUGAACAAAGGAGGAGUACUGCCAGUUUAGCCCAAAAUAUUGAAGGUAGAAAGUAUUGUCAAUAUGAUUCUGACAUUGCCACCGGCCUAGGUGUUGGGUCCCUCUUUAUCCUUGUUGCCAGUCAAGUCAUCAUUAUGGUUGUAACUAGAUGCUUGUGCUGUGGGAAACCCAUGGCACCUAGUGGAUCCAGAUCAUGGGCAAUUUGUUUAUUCAUCACUGCCUGGUUGACAUUUCUUAUUGCCGCUUCAUGUCUUCUAGCUGGUUCAGUGAGGAAUGCUUACCAUACAAAAUAUAGAGAUCUAAUGGGAGAGAGAGCACCUUCAUGUCAAACCUUAAGGAAAGGAGUAUUUGGAGCUGGAGCUGCUUUCAUUGUUCUUACAGGCAUAGUCUCUGAGCUUUAUUAUGUUAGUUUUUCAAAAGCUAAUAAUAGUGGAAUCCCUUCCUAUGCUAGAGACACAGGUGUGACAAUGAGCAAUUUGUAAACUUAAUUAAUGCAAUGUUGUCCCACUUUUAGGACUUGGGAUUGGCUUACAUGGAUGUGAAUUGUGAGAGUCUAUUUGUAAUUAUGAAGCUAGUUUGAAAAAAAGCUCGUUUAGACUA